AUGGGGAAAAUGGAGGGCUACUUGAAAUCUCCCUGUGAUAGCUUGAACAGAAGAGAAGUGAACAUUCUUUCACCCUCUCUUUCUCUCAUCUCGCUCGCUACACAUAGUCCUACCUUUCCCUCUCACAUUCCCAGUUCCUUUCUUUCUCUUUUUCUUCCGCAGCUUUACGGACAAUUUCAUUUUUGGACUUCUUUGCACCCUCUACAAACUGGUGACCGACGUGAGACACUACAUUUAAAAAAAACAAACAAAACGAAGAGGAAGGACACAAUGGAAUCACAAUCUUCGGAAACCCCUCUCGCCACACUAUCGUUGAAUAUCCCGGCUUUCAACACGACUAACACUAAGUCCUGGUUCGUUCAAAUCCAGGCAUUAUUUGAUGCGAAGCGAAUCACCUCCCAGAGAACCCGGUAUUGUUACUUAGUGGAAAAACUGCCAGCAGACAUCGUCGAGGAAGUAAUGGAUUUACUGGAAAAUGUCCCGGAUGACAACCCGUACGAUAGACUCAAGGAAGCAAUUUUAAAACGGACCAGUGCCUCGAACGAAGCCAUGCUACGCAACCUUUUCACUCAGGUUGAAUUAGGAGACCGCACCCCAUCGCAGUUAUUGAGGCACAUGCGAACCUUACUGGGUGACAACAAAAUGUCCGAGAACAUUAUGCGGAGCUUAUGGCUGGACAAGUUACCCACUACAACAACACAAAUCCUCGCACCCAUGACGGAGGAAACGCAGACAGAAAAACUCGCGGACAUUGCAGAUCGGAUCCAUGAAAGUUUUCGAAGCCGCAGGGUAAACUCUAUCCAACCACAACCAGCCCAACAAAGAGACAGGGAAUUUAACGACCUCAAGUCUACUGUAGAAAGGUUGUCUAUACAAUUACAAGGCUUACUGCAAAAAGACCGACAGUACCGCCGCGAUAAAUGUCCAGGCUACAGAAAGCGAAGUUUCAGCAGAGGCCGGACUGACAACCGCAAUCGAAAAGAUGAAAUUUGUUACUACCACAAAAGGUUUGGUCCUGAGGCGAGACGUUGUACACAUCCUUGUUCUUUCAACAACGCGAAUGCGGGAAACGGAAAUUCCAGCCAGUAG